AAAGGGGGCGGGGGAAGGCUUGCUCUCUCAGUGUGUUCUUGAGCUGGGGAAUGAUCGAAGCUAGGGGUGUUUUUUAAUCCUCCGGAGGAGCUGCCUCUUGGCACUCCUAUCUUUUUUCGCCGCUAGCUUUUGCCAUUGGAUCUUCCUUCCGCAUCGGCGGCAUUGCGCAAUUCGAGGAAUCUUUGCCCGAAUCGCCAGAAAUCUCAGCGGAGGAGAUGGCGUCGGCCGACAACAGCAGCGCCGAUUCGCUGGUGGCCACCAACGGGAAUGGGAUCCCGAAUGGCCUGUCCAAGAUCAAGACGCACAAGCACCGCGAUGUUUGCACCGAUGACAGCGUCCCGCCGAUCAAGGUCCAGAGCCUGGACGAGCUCCACUCGCUCCAGAAGAAGAGAUCGGCUCCGUCGACGCCGAUUAAGGGGACGACGCCCAAGGGAGCCACCACUCCCAGAGGCGGCGCCAUGUCUCCCUUUGGAGAGAGGCAGCAGAUGGAAUCCAUCAGUGCUUCCUUGGCUUCUCUCACUCGGGAAAGAGGCCCUCAGGUCGUCCGUGGUGAUCCCGAGAAUAAAAUCGAGAAGCCUGUCAGCUUGGUCCCUGUGAGGCCGAAUAUCAGUGACAGUGCCCUCAAGUUCACUCAUGUGCUCUACAACCUUUCGCCAGCAGAGCUGUAUGAGCAGGCUAUCAAGUAUGAGAAGGGCUCGUACAUUACGUCCACUGGUGCUCUGGCCACCCUGUCUGGAGCUAAGACUGGACGCUCUCCUAAAGACAAACGCGUUGUGCGAGAGGAGACGUCCAUGGACGACCUGUGGUGGGGAAAAGGUUCUCCAAAUAUUGAAAUGGACGCGGAGACUUUCUUGAUCAAUCGCGAACGAGCUGUGGAUUAUCUCAACUCUCUGGAGAAGGUGUUUGUCAAUGACCAGUUUUUAAAUUGGGAUCCCGAAAACAAAAUUAAAGUCCGAAUCAUAUCAGCACGGGCGUAUCAUUCCUUGUUUAUGUACAACAUGUGUAUUCGUCCGACUAUUGAAGAGCUCGAGGACUUCGGUGCGCCCGACUUCACAAUCUAUAACGCUGGCCAGUUUCCCUGCAACCGGUAUACACACUACAUGACGUCGUCCACUAGUGUAGAUAUUAAUCUUAAGAGGAGAGAGAUGGUGAUCCUGGGGACGCAAUACGCCGGAGAGAUGAAGAAGGGUCUAUUCAGUGUGAUGCACUACCUUAUGCCGAAAAGAGGAAUUUUGUCGUUGCACUCCGGUUGCAAUAUGGGAAAGUCCGGGGAUGUCGCGUUGUUUUUUGGAUUAUCAGGUACCGGAAAGACCACAUUGUCGACGGACCACAACCGGUACUUAAUCGGUGACGACGAGCACUGCUGGAGUGACAAUGGUGUUUCAAACAUCGAAGGUGGUUGCUACGCAAAAUGUGUGGACUUGUCACCGGAGAAAGAACCUGAUAUCUUCAACGCUAUCAAGUUUGGCACUGUGCUGGAAAACGUUGUCUUUGACGAGCACUCUCGGGAAGUUGAUUACGAAGACAAGGGUGUCACUGAAAACACUCGAGCCUCAUAUCCAAUCGAGUACAUCCCCAAUGUCAAACUUCCUUGCGUCGCAGGCCAUCCCAAGAACGUGAUAUUACUUGCGUGUGACGCGUUUGGGGUCCUCCCUCCUGUCAGCAAGCUCGACUUACCGCAAACAAUGUACCACUUCAUCAGUGGAUACACUGCUUUGGUUGCCGGAACCGAAGAUGGAAUCAAGGAGCCACAGGCGACUUUCUCUGCCUGCUUCGGGGCGGCCUUUAUUAUGCUCCAUCCCACUCGCUACGCAGCAAUGUUGGCGGAGAAAAUGAAAACUUAUGGGGCCACGGCAUGGCUUGUCAACACCGGCUGGACGGGUGGCAGCUAUGGUGUCGGGAUGAGAAUGAAGCUGGCCUACACUCGUAAGAUCAUCGAUGCCAUCCACAAUGGCUCGCUGCUGGAAGCAAACUACUCGGAGACUCCAAUCUUUAAGCUUCACAUUCCAGAUCAAGUGGAAGGUGUCCCGUCCGAGUUCCUCCAUCCAGAAAACAUGUGGUGGGACAAGAAGGCCUAUUUCGAGACGCUGAAUCGUCUGGCGGGCCUGUUCAAGAAGAACUUCGAGAACUUUACUGACCAGAACGUGGGGAACGCGGACCUGACCAAGGAAAUCCUUGCAGCUGGGCCCGAGUAGCCGCGGAGAAAGAUUGGGCAGAAAUUCCAGAGCUCCGAUGGAGGUGAUGGAGUGGAAGAAGUAUCGAGGGUAUAGUUUUCUUUAGAUUGUUUGUGUCUCUCCCAGGCUUCUCUUGUCAUCAAGGUUACGUACACUCGGUGCUUCUUCGUUCCCUCUCUUGCCAUAACUUUCUUCGUCCCCGAAAACUUUUUACUUUCUACCCUCCCUGUACAUUUCUUCUCACCAACAACCGAGCUAUUUAAACAAAGGAUGAUGACGAAAUUAAAAUAUUUUAUAUUCACUAGUA